GCAACAACAGCCUUCUAUCCUCAUAAUCUGAAUAUGAAUAUAAAAGGAUAAGCGGCUGCAAUGAACUAAUGCGAUUCUCCUGGUUUCUUAACGAAACAAUCUCUGAAGAUCCUCUGGAUAUUGACAAAGCCGCUUCGAACCAUCUUUAUCCGCAAAUAUGGGAAAAAAAGAUAAACCUAAGGGGAAUAAAGCUGAACAUACCAAGAAAUCACAAAGAAAAUUGGAACUGAAGCUUAGGAAGGUCGAGAGGCAGUCCGGAGAGUCUUCACUCGAGGAUUUAAUCCAAAGUUUCAGAGAUCAUCAGAAAAAAAUCACGACAACAACGCUGGUCGCAAUAUCUGCUCCUGCUCCAAGGUCUCAUUUUUCUUUAGUUUCAUGCCCAGAUAGUGAAGAGCUGAUUAUGUUUGGUGGUGAAUUCUUUGAUGGACGAAGGGUUGUUCCUGAAUUUCGUUUGAUAUUAUCUAGGUUAAAAUGUUUUCCGAUCUUCUAAUUUAUCAAUGUAAAGUCAACCAGUGGCUUAAACUGGAAACCCCUAACUGCCCAACACCACGAUCAGGCCAUCAGGCGGUGUACGUAAAAACUGAAUCCACCCCUUCGAGCAUUUGGAUAUUUGGAGGAGAGUUCGUAUCACCAUCUCAAACCAGAUUUUAUCACUACAGUGAUUUGUGGUGUCUUCGCUUACGAUCUCAAAAAUGGGAGCUAAUAAACUCAUUUGGACCAUGUGCAAGAAGCGGACAUCGUAUGAUUACUUGGGGAAAUAAAAUCUUACUAUUUGGUGGUUUCAGUGAUACUGGAAGUAAAACAACUUAUUUUGAUGAUUUGUGGCAGUUUGAUCUGACCGUCUUACAAUGGACGCGUCUCGCACUAAGUGGAAGUGCACCAAGUCCUCGCUCAGCUUCUUUGUUCUUUGCCGGAGCUAAUCAAAAGUACGUGUUCAUCGUUGGAGGUUACAGUAAGUCUGCCGUUACUCGGGAUCAAGAGAAAGGCAUAGUUUACUCCGAUGUAGUCAGACUUACGUUUGAAAGAAAUUCUCCGGUUGCCUGCUCCGUCAUUAGAUCUUCUGGCACGCGCCCCAAGCCACCUCGUAUCUCCAUGAGUGGUGUUCAUGUUGGUGGCAAUCGUGCUUUUUUAUUCGGUGGUGUACAUGAUGUUGAAAGUGAAGAUGGAGAGAAGAUGAACAGCUAUUUCCAUAAUGAUUUGUUUCUGUUGGAUUUCGAGAAAGCCAAGUGGCGUAUAUUCAAUUUUGAUGUAGAAAAAGCUGCGCAUUCAGCUGAACGUCUGGAAUACCCAAAUGAAUCUGCCAAUUCUACUCCGCUCGAUUCAUUAUCAAGAAAAUUAGUCAAAGUGACUGUUGGAGAAGCUAGUGUUAAACCACCUAGAGGAAGUGCCUCCGCGUGCAUAUGUCCGUCACCCAGGGCUAGUGCAGGAAUGGCUUUGGUUGGUUCUAAUCUGUACUUAUAUGGUGGAGUUUUCGAAGUUGGAGACAGGAAAGUUACUUUGGAUGAUUUUUACAAACUGGAUGUGAAUCAUCCUAUUUCGUGGGAGUGUUUGUAUCCAGGAUCUCAGGAAACACAAGCUUGGUUUGAAAGUGAGUCAGAAGACGAGGAAGAAGAGGAAGAUACAAGCGAGUCUUCAGAGUGUGAAACAUUAGAUGUUGAUGAUGAAACUUCAGAUUGCAGUGAGGAUGGCAUUUUUGAAAGAGCACCAAUUCCACAAGUCCUCGAAACGUUCUCAGGUUAUUGGAAACGGACAAUGCAGUUUUGGUGUGAAUUGGCUUACAACGGCUCUGACAAUCAGGAAGAAAAUCGUAAUCGAUUGGUUCAAGAAACUACCGAAAACCCCAUCAUUGUAAAUCUUGCAAAAAAACUGUCUCAAGACUUCUACCAAAGCUCCAUCUCCAAACGCUAACCUCUAAAUUAAAAAAAAAAAAUGAAAAAUACACUGAUUCUUAAACAUCAGACUAACGAUCCACUCAUAUCUUGAACCUUGUGACCGAUAAGAAGGUGGAUGAGCAUUGGGUAGUGGUGCUUGAGCCUGUUCGCCUCGUAGUCUCAG